AAUCUGCCAGAAGAAAUAGCAGCUUAGAACAAACGAAGCUCCAUACCUAUAAAUUUCCGAAAAUCGAUUAUAUUUUUCUCUUUUCUCAACUUUUAAAAAUACAGAAAUGAACUCUCCUAUGAAUUACGCUAUUGACGAUAAGGACCUAGACGACGCCGCAUUAUGGGCAGUGAUCGACUCUGCCGCCGCCGCCGCCGCCUCACUUUCCUCCUCCACCACCACCACUAUCUCCAAAUACCGCAAAACUCUACCUUACAACCACUCUCCAAUUCGGCCCCUUCACAUUCCAAAUCCUUCUCCACAGUCUAAUCCUAGAAACUUCCAGAAUCAUCACCGUGACGGUGAGGUACUAAAUCACCGGCCGCAAAAAAUCUCCAGGUCAAACACUAACUGUGUUUCGGAACUGAACGAGAUGAGUCCGAAACCGAUGGCGGUAGUAAAGCACGUGCAGCGCACGCCGAACGUGACUAAUUAUUCGUCGCCGCCAGUGACGAGGAAGUCCCCGGUUCUGGUUCCGGUAUCGCAGUAUGAUCAAAACUAUAACAGUCCGAUUGGAUCGGAAAGUUCUCCGGAUAGAGAUGGCAUCAUGAGGCAUAGCUUGGCCGGUCAGUUUCCAUCUGUUUCUCUGUUCAAGGAGUAUCAAAAUGCGGCUAUGGCGAUUCUGGAGAAAGGUGAUUACACUAUGAUUUCUGGAAAUCCCUUCAUAAAAAAAGCUGGUUGGAGGAAGAUAUCCUUUUACUUCAAUCUGUCAUAUGAAAUUAAAGACAAGAGCAUCGAAUUUGAUGAGAACCGUAAUGUCCUACGUGCUGAAUUUAUAGUUCGGGCGUACAUGCAGGGUGGUAGGUUCUCAGAUGGAUGGGGUUCAUGUGAGAGGCGGGAGAAGAAGUUUCUAAAACCAAAUCAUGACAUUCCCAGCACAGCAGAAACCAGAGCCAAAAAUAAAGCAUGCCAGGACUUGCUUGGAAUUGGAGAAUAUCGUCCUGGUGUGAACCAGAGUACUAAUCGCUAGAACAAUCAAACAGUAACGUCCUCCAUACCUGAGUCAUUUGUAGUUCCAUUAACCUAAGACAGAAUACUCAUUAUAUCAAGUCUCCUCCUAACAGAAGUUUCACUCAACCCCAAACCUGAUAUUAGGUAAUAUGAAAAGCCAUGGAAACAAGUAUAGAAAGAAGUCGUAUCAUGUAUGCACUGUAGUACACGCCUAGUGUGCUUGUAACAUCUAAAGCCAAUCCUGUACUUUGGCUUGUUAUAUUUUUUUCCACUUUUUCUCUCCUUUGUGUACUCGGUGUGGGAUAAUACUGGUUAUGUUGUUGUUUAUCUCCUUAGUGUGA